AUGUCUUCUCUUCAUCUCGAAUUAAAAGACGACGAUCCAUGGUUUAUCGAGGAAAAAAUCUUCAAGAUCCUGCGGGACUACCUACAAGAUCCCACCGCAUCCCCCGCACACACAGCCCAAGCACUAGACCAACUGUUUCCUGCACACCGUGCUGACGAGGAUCAACCUGCAGGCGAGCCUCGCGAGGACCCAGGAAGUUUUCUCUGGCAUUUCUGGGGCGUGGUUCAUAAUGUGGCCCAGCAGAUCCCCUACACUGCUCAUGAACAGGACAGACUCGCAGAGCUGAUCAAGGCCUUGAAAGAUCUAACUUCCCAGACAAAAACAGUCUACAUGGCAUCAUGGGACCAGAGCUUUGACUUGUGGGGAGAUUUGCCUAUGCUAGGUCCAACGUUCAGGGAAAUGUAUGAUCGCAUGGUCUCUCUGAGUGAUGAGGAGGAGCGUGAACAUUGGCAGAGCUUGAAUGCUUAUGCUGCUCGCUUGACUAGAGAUGGCUCUGCUGAUUUGAUCAUCUUCGCUAAAUAUGCGAUCGAAGGAAUGUUACCAGAAGAGUUGGAGCAAGCGCUCGUCGGUGAUACGCCCAGAUCUGUUCUGGAAUGUAGGAUAGCUGUGGCAGCGGAAUGGGUCAUACAUUGCGGACAGAGACUUGUGGCCCAGGAAGAUGGAGGAAUUGAUAUGAAAAGUUGGCACAGGUGCAAGGAAAGGUUCAGCAACGUCUCUGAUAAUGCUUCGAUGAGUCCGCAAACUCUGGAAAGAGCUCAAAAGGCAAAGCAGGUUAUGGAAGCACUGCAGCCGAGAUGA